CAGGGAGUCCCAGGUUUUCAUUUGCAUCAGACAUUCCUGCUUUUCUUCAUCUAACUUGGCUCAGUAUCAUUUAAGUGGUCAUAUCACCAUACCUGGGUUUGGAAACAAAACAAAACAAACAAAAAACAAACAAAAAGAGAGAGAGAGAGACAGAGGGAGAACAUAAUUGAGGAUUCAUGGAGCAUCACUGAGGUGGUUUUUUAUCCGAAUCAUAUCCAUUAACAGACAGAAAUGGAAGAGAGCAUUAGGAAGAGGAAGGAGUCACAGAAUGGCUCCACUGGCCACAGCGUGGACUCUCCGGCUAAAGACAAGCAGACAGUGAAGGCCACUGUGCUUCAAAAAGACGUUGGUCUGCUGAGUGGCAUCUGUCUGAUUGUGGGGACUAUGAUUGGCUCAGGCAUCUUCAUUUCUCCCAAGGCUGUUCUGCUGUACUCUGGAGCUGUGGGACCCUGCCUCCUGAUCUGGGCGGCCUGUGGUGUAUUAGCCACCCUGGGAGCGCUGUGCUACGCUGAGCUUGGCACCAUGAUCACCAAAUCAGGGGGAGAGUAUUCAUAUUUAAUGGAGGCUUUUGGCUCCCUUGUAGCCUACCUUUACUCCUGGACCACCGUCAUGGUGUUGAAGCCCUCCUCCUUUGCCAUCAUCACACUGAGCUUUGCAGAAUACGCCUCUACUCCUUUCUACCCCGGAUGCACUCCUCCACCUAUUGUUACCAAGUGUCUGUCAGCUGCAGCUAUAUUGUUAAUCGUCGCAGUCAACUGUCUGAGUGUCAAACUGGCGAGCUAUGUGCAGAACUUCUUCACUGCAGCCAAACUUUUCAUUAUUCUUGUCAUAGUGGGAGCUGGCAUGGUUCUCUUAGCUCAAGGAAAAACUGAGACUUUGUCAAAUGCAUUCGAUGGCACGUCAACGUCUCUUGGAGCAGUUGGACUUGCAUUUUAUAAUGGGCUUUGGGCUUACGAUGGAUGGAAUCAACUGAACUUCAUCACAGAGGAGCUGAAAAACCCAUUCAGGAACAUGCCACUGGCCAUCCUCAUUGGGAUCCCCUUGGUGUCUGUGUGCUAUGUGUUAGUCAACGUUGCUUACUUCACCGUUAUGACCACCACCGAGCUGCUGUUGUCUCCGGCUGUUGCUGUGACUUUUGGAGACAGAGUCCUUUACCCUCUGUCUUGGAUUGUUCCUCUUUUUGUGGUCUUCUCCACAUUUGGUUCUGCCAAUGGAAGCUGCUUCACUGCUGGCAGACUGGCCUAUGUAUCAGGUAGAGAGGGUCACAUGGUGAAAAUCUUAUCCUAUAUUAGUCUAAGGCGCUACACCCCAUUACCUGCUCUCGUAUUCAAUGGUAUUUUGUCUGUUUUCUACAUCAUCCCAGCUGACAUCAACACCCUUAUCAACUACUUCAGCUUUGCUCAGUGGGUGUUUUAUGGUCUGACAGCAUUGGCUCUCAUAGUCAUGCGUUUCACAAGGAAGGAUCUCCACAGACCAGUAAAGGUGCCGAUUAUCAUAGCAGUCCUAAUGGUGGUGGUGUCCUGCUACUUAGUCCUGGCCCCCAUCAUUGAUAAACCAGAGCUGGAGUACCUCUACUGUACCGUCUUCAUCUUCAGCGGACUUCUCUUUUACUACCCUUUCGUCCACAGGAAGGUCAACUGGGCUCGCAAAAUCAUGAGGCCCAUUACUAUGCAUCUCCAGCUGCUGUUGGAAGUGGUUCCUCCUGAGAAAAUGGAGUGAGAAAGGGACAGAACUGACAACCAGGUCAGCUUCUUCUGAAACAAGCCAGGCCUGGUUUUGGAAAACAGUGAGCUGGAAAUUUGGUACCCGGAGUUGGGUCAGAAUAAAAAUUAGGACUCACUUCUUUUGAAUAGCUGCAUGACAAAAUAAAAGUACAUGCAGCAUGUUCAUGUACCUGUGUACCAGGGUAAGAUGAAAUAAUUUGUCAUUUGGGUUCAGGGCAAGUUUAGGGUGUGUCCCACAGGAAAACUUUUGCUGUCAUUAAAACAUGACAUUGUAGAUAUUUAAAACAAGUGAGCCACCUUGACUACAUUCUGAUGAUGUCUUUGUCUUUUAUAAACCUUGCUUGUGCUGAUAGUUAGGCUAGGACCUAGGUUUACUUUAUGAUACAUAUCUUUUUACAAUGAAUAUAACCAGCACUCAUAGCAACACUUAAGCAAUCAAGUGAAACAUUUCCUCAUGUCGUCAAUGUGAAAUACAGUUUUUACUGUGCCAAAGAUCACUUAAUGUAGAGUCCUUAGAGAUUUAGAUAUGCAUGAAUCUGCACUCGAGCAAAGGGAAGUGGUGAAUAUUUCAAGUGCAUUAAGGCAAUGACAUGAAAGCUCAGCAGAUCAUGCAGCAAGAUGUGGAAACAUGUUUAUGUUCUUAAAUGAUGUUUGUGCAUUAUGUAAUAAUGCUCUCGCUCCUGUUUUUCACACUGGAAUAUACUGGAAUAGUGCUGCACCGUGUUUCCUGGUGUUUAUUAAAGGUAUUCAUCUUGUUGAGUGUAAGGUGGACAUGGGAAAUAAACAACUUCUGAUUCAAA